AUGUCGACCGACCAAAUCGUCAAACGUGGCACCCUCUUCAAGAAAAGCUCGGGCAACGGGUUCUUCAAGCGCUACCAUUGGACACCUCGCCAUUGCAUUCUCACAACCGCCUCACUCAGUUACUACACCCACCAAGGCGGAGCGUGGAAGGGCAGCAUUGACCUGACCGAGUGCACGUUGCAGUCGUUGGAAGCGAUGCCAGCAGAUUGUCCAAAGACUGGGCGAUCGGUGGCCACAGGGUGGCGGAUAGCCAUCCAAACGCCGACCAAACGGUACUUUAUUGCAGCGACUUGUGAACGAGACAUGCACGAGUGGCUCCAGGCGUUGAAGGAAGUGGUGCUGGUGAAUGAAAAAAGGAGGAGACGCCUUUCGAAGAUCACAUCGCCACCUCUACUACCAUCCUGCCGUGUUAACCUAUUCCGGCUCUGGUUUAAGAAUAUUUAA